UUCAUUUCUCUUUUCUUUCUUUGGAAAGAAACAGAAAGAAAUCAUCGUUCUUUCUUUCAUAAUGAUGCAAUCUCCAAAUGUUAGAAAUGUAGUAAAAGGAGUCUCUAGUCGUUAUGACUAUGUAAAAGUUCGUGUUUGGUUGGGUAGUCAAUAUUACUAUGUGUUGUCUCGUUUUUCGGUGUCUCAAAUAUUGAUGCUUUGUAGAGUUCCACAAAAGGAAGCACAAAAGAUAGCAUUGCGUUUAAAGAAACAGUUGAUUGACCAAGGCAUAUUGGAUAUUGAACAAGAACACUUGAACCAAUCACUCUUCCAAGUGGCACAAAGUUUUGGCAUUUCAGAAACCUCCUUUCAACUAUAUACCAAAGUGUUGCAGUUUUAUCAACUCCAAUUGCCUUCCAUAAUAGUUUUAUAUGGUGUUCACCAAGUAGCUAUGACUGAGAUUGCAGGAAGAGUUGCUGAACGACUGAAUAUUUACAACGUAUUGGAUACUGAUACAGUAUAUCACACUUGGCGCCUUAUGAAAGGUCAGGAAGAAUCAUUCGGUACAUCUUGUUGGGCUUAUACAGUUGGUCAGUUGAAGAAACAACUGUUGUUGAAUGAUGUGCAACAAAAUAGUUGGUUCAGUGCAUUGGAAGAAAACUUGUACAAAUCCUUUCGAGAAGGAAAGGCGUUGAUUAUCUAUGGCUUAUUUCUACAACCUAUUUCCAUUGCUGCUACGUUAGAAAAGUAUUCAGUCAAUGGAAAGAAACCUUAUUUUUUACAAUAUUGGAUCAACUCGGAGUUAUUGGAACCACAACUAGAAGAAGAGUUAACUAUUGAAGCAGAUUCCAAUAUCACAAAACAACUUUAUGAAGAGUUGCAUGAUAUUCAACUGGAAUACAAGAAGCAAGCCGAAAUGAAAGCCGUUCCUUGCUUAAGUAUAGAUAGUACCAAAGACUCGAUAUCUCAAGUGGUCGAGAAUAUCCACGAAGACUAUUUACGCUUGAUAGUUUCUCUUUCCCAAGAAGAGACAAAAAGGGAAGAGUCUCAAGUUGACACUUAAAGUGACCAAUUUCUUUGCAAAGACUGAAGUUGAUAUACGGGAUCUACCACGCUUCGGAGCCUUACACUACACUUGGAUUGAAUAUCUUCAACAGGAAUCUGAACUGGAGCUGCCCAUUCAAACAAGAUUUGUCCUUGUUUGACUCUUCCUUUCCAACCUUUGAUGGGACUCUUUCCACCUCCCAUGCGCUUUUCUGUUCUUUUGGUUACCGGUACGUUGGGCUCUACGUGGGUCCAUAGCUCUGCACGUUUUCCAGUAGCAUCUCUCAAUUUUCUUUGUAAUAAAAGCCUUAAAGCAUCUAUUUGACGCUUAUCCAUCCACUUUUCUUCCAAAGCACGAAAACCAAACACACCAAAACGAAGAUGAGUCGAAGACAUUGUUUGAUCGAA